AUGUUCAAACUUGUUACAUGGAUAGAUGAAAAGUUGAGGUGGAAUCCAGACAACUAUGGUGGUAUUGUAGAAAUGAAUGAUGAUAUUUUUGGAAGUGACAAGUUGCGAGUUUAUGUUAACCAUACUGGUAACAUUUCCUGGGAACCAGGCUUUGCAUUCACUACGAGUUGUCCUGUUGAUGUAACUAUGUUUCCGGUAGAUUCUCAGACAUGCUCAGUAACUGUUAUGCCCUGGAUGACCUCUGACAAAGAAAUUUGGUUCAACGAAACAAAAAUUGUGGUAGAUACUCUGCUAGCCCACAACGGUCAGUUUGCUAUCGUAGGUAGUUCUGUUCCCAGACUGAACAAUUCAGUUUCUGGAAAUCCCAAUAACAAACUGAUUAUGUCAAGUUUUACCCUACAACUGAAACGUAAACCAACAUUUUAUCUCUUAAAUGUCAUUGGGCCCAUUGCAACAAUCUCGUUUCUGUGUGGCGUUAGUUUUCUUGUACCUUCGGAGAGUGGAGAAAAACUAACCGUUGCCAUAACAGUGUUGUUGUCCUUAACAGUUUUCCUGGGUGUUGUUGAUGAUAAUUUACCAAAGACAUCUGACUCCAUCCCGUAUUUUGGUGAGUUGAGAUUUCAUGUUGAUAAAUAA